AUGGUGUCUGACUUUUUCUAUCCAAACGUAGGCGGAGUGGAAGGACACAUUUAUGCAUUAAGUCAACAUCUAAUGAAAAGAGGUCAUAAAGUGAUCGUGAUCACGCAUGCAUACCAACCUGAUCGUUCAAACGUUCGUCAUCUUUCUUCAGGUUUAAAGGUUUAUCAUGUCCCCUAUCGUGUGAUCGCACGUCAAGAUACAUUACCAAACUUUUUCGCCUUUUUUCCUAUCCUACGUUCGAUUCUCAUUCGUGAAAAUAUUCAAAUCAUUCAUGCUCAUCAAGCGCUAAGUUCGAUGGGAUUGGAAGCGCUCUUACAUGGACGUACGAUGGGUUUGCGAACGGUUUUUACCGAUCAUAGUCUUUUUGGAUUUGCGGAUACGGCUUCCAUCUUGACAAACAAAUUAUUGCACUUUUUCUUGUCGGAUAUCGACCAUGUGAUUUGCGUAAGUCAUACAGCAAAAGAGAACACAGUCUUAAGGGCCAACAUCAAAGACCCGUCAAAGGUCUUUGUCAUCCCGAACGCCAUCGUGUCUGAACAAUUUACACCAAGGACAGAAAUUGUUGAGAAAGCAAAAGACAAGAUCACGAUAGUGCUUUUGAGUCGACUCAUGUAUCGGAAAGGGAUAGAUCUGUUGGUAGGAGCCAUACCCAGACUAUGCGAACAACAUCCAGAGAUAUCAUUUAUCAUUGGCGGUGACGGUCCAAAGAGGAUAGAGCUAGAGCAGGUUCGUGAACAAUAUGCAUUGUAUGAUCGAGUAGAACUUUGCGGAGCGAUUCGUCAAGGAAACGUUCGAGAUCAUUUGAUUAAAGGUGAUAUCUUUCUAAAUACUUCUUUAACGGAAGCUUUUGGAACGGGAAUCAUUGAAGCUGCAAGUUGUGGCUUAUUUGUCGUUUCAACUCGUGUUGGUGGGAUACCCGAAGUUUUACCGCCGCAUAUGAUUCGAUUGGCCAAACCUGAAGAGGAUGACAUCGUUGAUGUUGUUCAUGAUGCUAUCGAGUACGUCAAAACAGGUAGGCAUGAUCCGCAAAUGCAUCAUGAAACCGUACAAAAGAUGUACUCUUGGUCAGAUGUGGCUGAACGAGUAGAAAAAGUUUAUUCAUCAGCACAAAAACAAGAGAUACCUUCAUUCAUUGAACGGCUAAUGCUCUAUCGUACCGUUGGUCCGAUCGCAGGCAUCAUCUUUUGCAUCAUCGCCACUGUUGACGUUCUCUUUCAUUCGCUUCUCAAUAUUCUCGUCCCGGUUGAAACGAUCGAUAUCAUACCCAAUGCAACAGUCUAA